CAUACGUGAGGAGUGCAGACCUCAGCUCUGCAUUCAAUGACUCCCCCUCGAAUCUUCUCCGCACUUUUGGUCGUUUCUCCGCACUUUGGCAACACUGUGCCGGACCGACAUAGUGUGAAAAGGUACAUACAUUAGAGAUAAUAGUCCACUGCUAGUCGCAUGUUGGUCCGACAUCGUGUCGCAUUUACGUACGACAGUGUGAAAGGUCCUGAAGCAGUUGAACAAGUAACUAACGGAACAUCCAAUAGAUGUUGCGCCGUCAGGCCAAGGAAGGAGGAGUGGGCAGCAGAUCCUCAGAUACGUCCUACACGUCCGCCUGGUCAUGUUCAUUAUCAAAGGGAUGCUGUUCAUGUUCUCCCUGAGCCUACUGACGGAGGAAGUCAGAGACAACUUUCUGGUGGCCGUAACUGUCUCCGGAGUGAGUGCGGUCAUCUUCAGGAUUUACCUCGUCUGUCAGAUCGGGGAAAACGUCAGACGAGCGAACGACGAUGUAAUCUACGCCAUCCGGUCCGCCAUAGCGUACCAUCCCGUGGGAGACGGAAUCAACUCGGAAAAUUUAAACGAGCGAAGCGACACCGUCCAGCCAGAGCAAGGCAUAGCUCGUGAAACGAAGUGGAUGAAACAAGACCUCAUGCCAGCGACUUCCACUAAACAAAACAAUUCUCUUGACUUCGAUGGCUCAAAACACAACGACUUAUCAACCGAAGUUCUUGGUGACGAGAACAAGCCAGGAAAAACGGAAAACAAGGAAAUUCACCGCGAAGGGCAGACGCUUCCUGACGGUCUUGACAAAGGGGAGAAUUCGCCAUGCGCCUGUUCCUCUGGGUUGCAAUUUGAUAGCUUGCAGAAUCUCCUGUCGCGCUUUGAGGCUCAGCGUAUGGAAGUUCAGAUAUGGGGUUUCGAAUGUCUCUCAGCUGCGACUUUCAGUAACCACGUCGGCAGGAUAUUGACGUACUUGGUGGUUCUUCUUCAGCUCAACCAGGGGUAAUUUCCUGAAUGAGGACUGGAAGGGGACUCAAUGGAAGACUUCUGCAAUGUUUGGUGGUGUCAGGGCCAUUGUACGUUUUAUUACUAUUAUAUUAUUGCUCAAUAAUUCGCAAUCAGAUUAAAUUGUUGUAUAGUCCACAACUGACUGUGGAAUAAUAAUAAUAAUAAUAAUAAUAAUAAUAAUAAUAAUAAUAAUAAUAAUAAUAAUAGUAAGAAAAGUGAUGGACUCCUAAGGAGGCAGGAUGUAACCCGGAACCCCAAACUAUAAAUACCACCCAGUCGAAAUGGAGGACUGUGAUAGAAAAAAAAAUAAUAAGAAUGAUAAUAAUUGACAAGUAUAAAAUCCUAAAAAUAGAAAUAAGAAGGAUAUGGGAUAUGCCAGUGGCAAUUGUACCCAUAAUUACAGGGACACUAGGCACUAUCCCAAGAUCCCUGCAAAGGAACCUGGAAAAACUAGAUGCUGAAGUAGCUCCAGGACUCAUGCAGAAGAGUGUGCGCCUAGAAAUAGUGCUCAUAGUAAGAAAAGUGAUGGACUCCAAAGAGGCAAGAUGCAACCCGGAACCCCACACUAUAAAAACCACCAAGUCGAAUAUG